AUGCCUCAAAAUCUCACGAUUGCCGCAGCCCAAGCCCGCACUCGUGACGACGUAGCUUCAACGCUCUCAGCGUUAAAACAGAUCACGACAGAUGCUGCGUCACGGGGCGUGCAGCUGAUUCUCUUCCCCGAGGCCUAUCUUGGGGGAUAUCCUCGGACCUGUGACUUUGGCGCAGCAGUCGGUGCGCGUGCUGCUCACGGCCGAGACCAGUUCCUGCAUUAUUUCCAAUCUGCUGUCGAUCUAGGCGAUACUCCCGCCGGAGCUGGAGACGAUUGGGUAGAGCGCAAGCUUCCCACUGCUCCUGGCAAGAGCCACCGCGGUGAUGGCACUCGAGAGGCUCUGGAACAAAUUGCCAAGGACACCGGUGUCUUCAUUGCUACUGGGGUCAUUGAGAAAGCGGCGGGGACCUUGUACUGCUCCUUGGUCUUUACUGGAUCUGAACGCUUGGUUUGGGGCCAAGGCUCUGCGUCGACGCUGAAGGCGAUCACCACCGAAAUCAAUGGUGUUAGGCUAACGAUUGGGGGUGCCAUCUGCUGGGAGAACUAUAUGCCUCUUCUCCGCCAGAGUCUCUACUCUCAGAACGUCAAUCUUUAUCUUGCUCCAACCGCAGAUGCUCGUGAUACUUGGCUUUCACUUAUGCGAACCAUUGGAUGCGAAGGGCGAACUUUCGUCCUAUCGUCAAACCAGUGCGUUCGCUAUAAUGAACUCCCUAAUUGGAUCACAGACAAGAAUGCCCCACAAGAGGCCUCGUCUGAUGGGAGUCACUUUGUGUCUCGAGGGGGAUCAUCUAUCGUCGGUCCCCUAGGUGAGGUUAUUGGGGGUCCCAUCUGGGAAGUCAGCGCAGAUGAUUCAGUGAGCGACGGCCUGGUCAUCUCCGAGGUUGAUUUGGAGGACUGCGAACGAGGCAGGCUAGACAUGGAUGUGGCAGGCAGCUACUCGAGGAACGAUGCUUUCAAACUCUCGGUAGAAGGCCUGGACCUGAACCCUCCGCCCUUUUAA